UCGUGAUAUUGUACUUUGGUACGUUUUUGUAGACUUUCGAAAGAAUAUACUUGACAGUGUUAGACGGUUACUCUCUCUGGAAUGACAGCAUAAUGGCACAGUCUGCUGACGAUUUACCUGGUGGGAAUAUUUUCAAGCAAGCAUGGGUCACCAUAACAUCGUUUUUCGGCAGCUUUCUUUCAAGCGAUGAUGAUGAAAUUGACGAGACGACAGGUCUUACCAGGCAGCAGAAAACACUAAUUAAGAAGUCAUGGUCGUACGUCCAAGAAGACAAACUCAGGAUCGGGGUGCUUAUCUUCAUCAAAUUAUUCAAAGCCUACCCGUCAUCCCAACAACUGUUUGACAAACUCAAAGACUUCACAGACAUGGAGGAGCUGGCGCGGAACAAGAAGAUGAAAGCACACGCGACCAGGGUGAUGGCAGCAUUUACGUCCAUUGUAGAGUACAUUGAUCAACCUGACAUCCUAGAUGAACUGCUACGAAAUACCUCUAUCACACACUACAAACUGAGAAUGCCUCCUCAUUAUUUUGAGGACCUUGGAGGAGUAAUAAUCGAGGCCCUAAGUGAAAGUCUGGGAGAUAAGUUCACACAGAAGACGAAAGAGGCAUGGCUCGUUUAUUACUCAUACAUGUGUAAAGUAAUGCUGGAAGAAAUGGAAUUGUUGGAACCAUCACAUGACGACGACUAGUCCCGAUAUAAAAUAAAACGAACUUUAUCUAUGACUAUAUAGUGACCGCAUAUGGAUUUGUACAUAACUCGUAUCAAUUUUUCACUUGUGAUAUAUUCUGAGAGUAAAGGAUGAUUUUUACAAUAUGAAGUGGUUUGUAUAAUUAUUUACUAUAAAUACAUCAUAUGGCUGUAUAUUAAAUAUCUAUAUAUUGGACGCUUUUCUUUUCGAAAAAAAGGUUCAUAUCUCAAACGGUAAAGUCAAUUUUCAUUAUGAUGAUAUCGUAGCCAAGCCGAAACUCUCUUAGUUGGAGCAGGUUCUUUUUUCCACUGAAAUGUAUUGUAUUUUGCUUUUCUGGUAAAAAAAAUGUCAGUGGAAAGAGCUGUAGAGAUGGGACUAUAAGUGACAUCUAUGCUGCCCUACUUUGGCAAAAGGAAGCAAGUGACACGUUAGUCAAAUUUGAGUUAUUGUUGUUCCUGAAACACCCUUUGUAUGUUG